AUGGGUAUCUCCCGUAAUCACUGGCAUAAGCGAAGGGCCACCGGUGGCAAGCGUGCCCAGCCGCACAAGAAGAGGAAGUUCGAGCUCGGACGACCAGCCGCCAGCACCAAGAUCGGCCCCAAGCGUGUGCACCUCGUUCGCACACGUGGCGGAAACACCAAGCACCGUGCUCUGCGCCUGGAGAACGGAAACUUUGCCUGGGCCUCGGAGCACUGCACCCGCAAGUCCCGUAUUGUCGAUGUGGUGUACAACGCCUCCAACAACGAGCUGGUGCGAACCAAGACGCUGGUGAAGAACUGCAUCGUCCUCAUCGACGGCGCGCCCUUCCGAAGCUGGUACGAGAACCACUACGCCCUGCAACUCGGUCGCAAGAAGGGAGUCAAGCUGGCUGCCCCUGAACAGGAGGCCCUCGACAAGCUGAACAAGAAGGCCGAGGAGGCCAAGUACAAGCUCCGCCAGAAGGUGGCCAAGGUGGAGGCCGCCCUCGAAGAGCAGUUUUCCGCUGGACGAGUCCUCGCCUGCCUCUCCUCCCGACCCGGCCAGGUGGGACGCGCCGACGGCUACAUUCUGGAGGGCAAGGAGCUCGAGUUCUACCUGCGUAAGAUCAAGGCCAAGAAGGGCAAAUAA